CCCCCCCGGUUUGAGCCGCAAUGGCGUUUGGUUUCUCGACCGUAACCCUUCCUCGGAUCUCUCUCUCUCUGUGAAGGCGAUGACGGGCUUGCUUUUCCAGCGGGUAGCGGCGGUCUCCGGGGCUCUGGCGGUGUCCGCCGGGGCGUACGGAGCUCACGGGUUUCGGAGAAGUGACACGGACGAGUACAGGAAAGAGUUGUUUGAAACUGCCAACAAGUAUCACUUCCUGCACAGCCUGGCCCUGCUUGGGGUGCCACGCUGCCGCAAACCAAUGGUGGCCGGUGUGUUGCUCAGCUCAGGCAUGCUGAUGUUCUGCGGAUCGUUUUAUUACCACGCUCUGACUGGGGACCCCACCCUCAGCAAGGCCGCCCCCUGGGGGGGAACGCUACUCAUUGUAGGCUGGGCAGCACUUGCUCUGUAACCUGCUUGCAUUGCAGCCGGCUCCAGAUACAGCUCUAGUAUUCAGAGGUGUCAGAGGAGCUCGUUUCCAAUUGCAAUUUCUCUGUUAAUUGUCCCCUUACCUUUGUAUGAUAUUUGCAGCCUUUUCAGUUGUAAGUGCCUGUCCUAGACAUCUGUAACAAGGGUUAGGUCUAUCAGAGUGUUUUUACACUAGGAAGUACCAUAUUGUGCCUAAGGUGUGUUACUGGUAAAACUAAUUAAAAUGUGAUCCUUUG